AUGUGUUCCGUAAAUUCUUUGGUUAUCGUAGCUGGAUUUUUAAUUUAUUUUAAGCCAAAAUCAUUGAAUUUUAACGCAGGCCAUAAUUCAGUUGUGAUAAUCAACGCAUUCACAGCAAAGAUCCAAGUACAAUAA